AUGGUAAUGGGUAAUGAGGUACCAGAAAGAAGACGAACCACCCAAGGCAAGUGUCUCCACACCUGGCGCUCUCAUUACCUAUCGGUUUCCACUCCCUUUGCUUCCUCUAAAGUAUUUGCGUCUCGUUUCCGGCGCCGUCUCAGCUGGCCUGCAGGCUCGCCUCCUCGCACCCUUCCUCCUGACGACGGCAUUUUCGUCUCCUCACGCCGUUCCCCUCGCCUUCUGACGCUCCUUUUCGCUUCCUCACAUUCCUUCUUCUCGCCCCCACGCACCCUUCCUCCUCUCCCCUGUUCCUCUUGCUUCCGGACGCUGCUCUUCACUCCCGACGUCCCUUCCUUUCGCCUCCCGACGCCCCAUCCAUUUACCUCACGACGCUCCUUUUCACCUCCCGACGCCCCUUCCUUUUACCUCACGACGCCCCUUCCUUCGGCCUUCAAGAUUGCGCCCCUCGAGUAUCACGAUGACCUCCACGACUGGCUCAACCGGCCGCGCUACUUCGUCAGCCGGCGCGGGAGUCUCGCGAACCCCAAGCAGCGUUUCCCUACGAAGAAGGGAGGUGUGACAGGUCGCCUGGCUCGGAGCCAGUCCCUGCUGAGGAAGCUGCUAGCGAAGGGCAUCUCUUACGGCAACUGGCUGCUCUCUACAAGGGCUUCAUGGCUUCCUCCGCUGGUGCUGCCGAGGCUGCUCAAGAGACUCGCCGUGUCUGCUUUCGUCUUCAUCGCCAUGUGGGUCAUCUUCAGCGGCCUCUUCCUCUCGAGCGCCGAUCUGGCCCAGAAAGAAGACGAAGCCGUAGUCGUCGCCAGAGGCCUUUCUUCGGACGACGCUCUCCUGCACUAUGACCUAGAAGAACUGCAGUCUCCCGAAGGCCGAUAUGACCUUUUCCGGAAGAUCUACGGUGGAGAACAGGCCGCUGGACAUCCCUACAGACAGCUCUACAGGAGACCACUUCCUGUGCAGGAACCUAUUCCUAUGAUGUCACUUGCUCUUCCAGGUCAGCUGCCAGAUGGCGCUGUUCCGGAUGAAGCCAACGACGUGCGUUCCGAUGACGUCGUCUUGAAAUACGAGGACAAGGCCUUGAAGACGAUCGACGGAAGGUACGGCCUCUUCACGAAGAUCUACGGAUGGAGCGCACGCAAAACCGGCUGGUUCCUCAACGCCAAGCUCUAUGGGGACCAGCCGGCCCAUUUCGGCCUGCCGGGACAGCCUGUUGGCGUUCCCGGACAGCCUGUUGGCAAUCCUGGUCAGCCUGUUGGCGGUCUGGGACAGCCUGUUGGAGUUCCUGGUCAGCCUGUUGGCGCUCCGGGACAGCCUGUUCUAAUUCGGUAUCCUGGACAAAACAUUGGCUUACAAGGGCAGCUCCCUGGCCAGCCCGCUGUGCUUCCAGGUCAGCUCCCCGGUAGCGCCCCAGCUCAGCCACCAGCCAUGCCAGGCCAGGCGAAAGGCGUCCAGGGUCAGUCAGGAAUUCUUCCAGGUCAACCGGUCGGUCAACCCGUGCAAGUUCCAGGAAACCAGGCUCUCGGGGCACCAGGUCAGCCUCCGGUUCAGGUCGCUGGAGCACCAGGUCAGCCUCCAGUUCAGGUCGCUGGAGCACCAGGUCAGCCUCCAGUUCAGGUCGCUGGAGCACCAGGUCAGCCUCCAGUUCAGGUCGCUGGAGCACCAGGUCAGCCUCCAGUUCAGGUCGCUGGAGCACCAGGUCAGCCCAGGGACCCGGCGAAUGAAAACGGCGGCUUGGGCGAGAACCCUUUCAACAAGUUCCCUGAAGGAGGAGCCGCCCAGCCCGCAGAAAGCGACGAAAGGGAAGCGGCGGCUGAGGACAUCGUGCCCUCAAGCAAGAACGUGACCAUGCCCGAAACCCGCUUGGUGAUCUUCAGCGCCGUGCCCAAGUGCGGCUCUUCUACCACGGCCAGGCUCUUCAAAACUUUAAGUUCACUAAAUCGUUUCACGGCAAUGGUGCCCCAGAUACGCAUUCAGCCUCGAUUAGCAGAACAACAGCGCGAGAUUCUGCUGAAGAAUCUGAUGACUCAUGCCCUGAAGGUACCCGUGGCCUACGUCAGACACCUCUUCUAUAUGGAUAACAUUAAACUGGGCUUCCCUCAAAUAUCCUGGGUGGCCAUAGUGAGGGACCCUGUGGAACGCCUCAUCAGCCAAUUCUACUACAUUAGGAUCGAAUCUCGCUAUGAUACUAUCAAGUAAGGGAUUCCUUAUGCUUUAUUGUUAUU